GCCACAUAAAUGGUUUUGACAGUUAGAAGUGUCACAUGAUUAUAUUUUUAUCCAUCACUUGUGUCAUGUGAUAUAAAGAUGGCAGCAUCCAUGGGGUUUGUUUUGGUUUUUGUGUUGGGUUUAGUCGCAUCAUGUCAGGCAGUGGACAGCGUGAGACUGUUGAUUCUUGGGGACUGGGGGGGUCUCCCAGCUUCUCCCUACCAUACCUCCAUAGAAAUGGGAGUGGCCAAACAAAUGUCGGCUGUGGCUAAAAAGUAUGGUCCAGAGGCCAUCCUGGCUUUGGGGGACAAUUUCUACUUUGAUGGAGUCCAGAAUUCAGAUGACAAAAGAUUUGAGGAGACCUUUGAGAAGGUGUUUGAGGCUCAGCCUGGGCUGGACUCCAUUCCCUGGAAUUUAGUGGCAGGUAACCAUGACCACAAUGGAAAUGUAUCAGCGCAAAUCGAGUACACUCAACGAUCCAAAAUCUGGCGAUUUCCAAACUACUUCUACUCCCUGACAUACAACAUCACAGGAGGGAGCAUGGUCCAGAUCCUGAUGAUUGACACCAUACUGCUGUGUGGAAACACUGGCUAUGAUCACCUUCACGACCAGCCACAUGGAGCACUUGACCAGGAAAAAGCAGACGACCAGCUCACCUGGAUCACACAGAACCUGAAAAGCAGCAGUGCGGACUACUUGUUUGUGGCGGGACAUUUUCCUGUUUAUUCUAUUGCUGAACAUGGUCCUACUCAAUGUCUGAUCAGCAAACUCCUUCCCCUCCUCCAGCAGUACAACGCUGUCUACCUGUCAGGCCACGAUCACAAUCUACAGCAUCUUCAAGUGACCAGACCUGGCUUGACCAUGAACUUCUUUGUGAUUGGAGCAGCCAAUUUUGCUGAUGAUAGUCACGCCCAUGCCAAAGAUGUGCCUACGGGGUCAUCCAAAUUCUUCUGGGCGAAAGAGAGAGACCUGGGUGGGUUUGCUUAUAUGGAGCUCACCAAACAGAAUGCUACGUUUACCUUCAUUGAUGGUGUAGGAAAAAACCUGUACCAGAAAAUGCUUCUACCUCGUAGAAUCCCUCGUCAAUAGUCAACGUCUCAGUAGAGCAUCGCAUUCAUUGAAUUAAGACACGCGUGCAUUAGGUCUGAGAGGGGCGUGUCAGUAUUAGUCUGAGAGGGGCGUGUCAGUAUUAGUUUGAGAGGGGCGUGUCAGUAUUAGUCUUCAGGUUCUUUGUUAUUUCAUUUUUCUGUGCAAUGUUUUUUGUUUUAUACGAGAUGAUAUAUUUUAUAAUGGAAAUGUUUAUGUUUGUCAGUGUACCUCACAUAUCAUGGCUUUAUGUUAUAAUUAUAUCUGUACAUACCAUGGCUAUAUUAUAAUUAUAGCUGUGCAUCUAAUCAGACCGACAUUUAGAUUCUCUGAAGUCAUUUGUUAAUCAAAGUACUAAGCAAGGUAGUAAGUAUGCUAUUAAAUUUGUUAACCAAUGUACUAAUUCUUUUAGUAUGAUAUCACAUUUGUUAGUCAAUGUAAUAAGCAAAAAUCUUAUUUAUUAACCGAUGUAUCAAUUCUGUUAGACGGUAGGCAUGCAACUACAUUUGCUAAUCAAAAUACUAAGCAAAUAGUACCGAGUAUGCUAUUACAUUAAAAAAAAUCAUUGAUUUUACACCAAAAAUUACACGCCACAAAAAAUCAUUGAUUUUAUGCCAAAAAACCCCACAAAAAUCAUUGAUUUUACAUUAUAAAAAAUGUAGGGCACAUUCUUACCAGAGCUGAUGUGAUGUGUUGAACUUUGUGAUUCUAUUUUAACCUAUAGAUUUAUAUACCGUAUAAGCAGAAUUUUUAGUGAGGAUUUAAUUUUGGCAUUGCUAGUUAUAUUUACCCAUUUUUAUGGAAAAAUCGCUUAAUUUGUGUCUCGCUAAAAUUCCACUUACACGGUUUACUGUCCGUGUUGACUGUGAUAUUCGGCAUUAUCUUCUAUACUGUGAUCGUGAGCUGAAAAAAUUUCUAUGCAAUGUUUAUAUCUACAGACUGCGCAUUCCAAUAUUUUAUACCAUGUCAUAUGAUAAUCUAUGAAUGAUGUUAGUUUUAUAUUGAUAUUUGCUCAAGCCCAAAGAAUUCUGUUAAUAAAUCAAAACAAACUGUC